GCGCGGCGCCGUGCUUUGCAUUGCAUCGCAUUGCAUUGCAUCGCGCUGCACCGCGCCGCGCGGCACGCUCGCGCCUUCGCUCGCUCGCUCUCUCCCUUUUUUUUUUUUUUUUUUUUUUUGGAAAGUGCCUCUUCUUCGAACUAACUCGGCUCUUGGCUCCAGAGGAGAAGCGGCGGAGGGGUGUUUUUUUAAAGCUACAGGACCCGUUUGCAGCCGCCCCGCUUUGAUAGCGCUGUGUGUGUGUGUGUGCGCGCGUGUGUGUGUAUGUUUUGUUUUGCUCCGCUCCAGCAUGGGCAGCGCCGGCGGAGCCCCGCGGCCCGGGGUGCCCGCGCUCCCGCUGCCGCCCCGGCCCCGGCUCUGAAGACGGCCAAGCCCCAGCGCGGCGGAGGCAGCGCGGUUCUCUCCGCGCUCUCGCAUGGAGGGAAGAAGCAUGUCCCGUCUGUCUCUAACACGGUCCCCGGUUUCUCCUCUGGCUGCUCAAGGAAUUCCUCUCCCAGCUCAACUCACCAAGUCAAACGCUCCCGUGCACAUCGAUGUAGGAGGACACAUGUACACCAGCAGCCUGGCUACCUUGACAAAGUACCCAGACUCCAGAAUAAGUCGUCUGUUUAAUGGCACAGAGCCUAUUGUCUUGGACAGUUUAAAACAACAUUAUUUCAUUGAUCGAGAUGGUGAAAUUUUCAGAUAUAUAUUAAGCUUCCUAAGGACAUCUAAGCUACUGCUCCCAGAUGACUUUAAGGACUUUAAUCUUUUAUAUGAAGAAGCAAAGUAUUACCAGCUGCAGCCAAUGAUUAAGGAACUGGAGCGAUGGAAACAAGAGAAAGAACAAAGGAAACAUUUCCAGCCUUGUGACUGCUUGGUCGUAAGAGUGACUCCAGAUCUGGGGGAAAGAAUUGCAUUGAGCGGGGAGAAAGCUUUAAUAGAAGAGAUCUUCCCAGAGACCGGGGACGUCAUGUGCAACUCUGUAAACGCCGGCUGGAACCAGGACCCUACCCACGUUAUUAGGUUUCCUUUGAACGGAUACUGCCGGUUGAAUUCAGUGCAGGUGCUCGAAAGAUUAUUUCAGAAGGGAUUUAACGUGGCAGCUUCAUGUGGUGGUGGCGUGGAUUCCUCUCAGUUCAGUGAAUACGUGCUGUGUCGCGAAGACAGACGACCACAACCUACCCCAACGAUCAGAAUAAAACAGGAGCCCCUGGACUAGACCCUACCCCUACUCCUUUGUAACCGUAGAAGUGUUUAAUAGUCCCUUAUGUGAAACACUAAGGAUUUGCAAAACAGUAUUAGCAAACAGAUUUUGACUUUAUGUUGCCAAUUAGUGGUAUUCUGAAACUACCUGUCACAUAGCCAGCCAUGAAAAGCAUUUGAAAAACCAGUUGUCCGUUUUUCACGAUGAAAUUCCUGAGCAUGCUCAGCGUACCAGGCCUGCUGGGAAAGUACUUUGGGCUGAACAGCUGCGGUGGUGAAAAAGGCAAAGCUUCGUAAACCCCUGACCCUACAGUGGACUUCUGCAGAAAGACCAAUUAAAGCAAUUUGAAGAGAUCAGCAGGAGAAAUGGUUCUGGCAGCCUUUCCGACGACACCCCAAUGCUGUGAUGUGUGGAAGUGGGCGCCUCCGAGAGGAAGAUGUACACUAAAAACUGCACUGAGUAUCUCCCCUUCAUAUCAGACGUGCUUUACACCUCCGUACAUUCGUUACAUUACACUUUAGUGAUUGUACUCACUCACGCUAGCAAAUGGCUUAUUUUUAUACAUUUCCAACUGAAAUAUCUCUCUGUGGACAGAAGCCAGAAUCAGAAAAGGACCAAUUUAUAGUCAACUGGUGCUCAGUACUAACCCCACCCCCCCCAAACACGAAACAAAGAAGUGACAAAAAAUGUGACAAGGCCGAUUGUGGCAAUAUUUGCAAAAGUAGGGAUCUGGAAGCACAAAACGAAAUGCCAUCCACCAUCAUGCAAGGGUCACACACCUACUGUGGAGCUGUAGUUCUCUUAAAGCCAGUCUCGUUUUGACUCAGAAACUGUUAAGUUUUGCAUCAUCAAAGCAGUGUGGUUCUGCCAAGCAAGCUCUGCCACCCCUUGUUACUCAUUUACUAACCAUGUUAUGAGCCCACAUUUAGGAGGAAAUGUUAAGAAUUUUGGACAAGCCUACUCUUUAUGGGUCUGGAAUUUUUGCAAAAAGAUGUUAAACCCCUCUACUGCCAUUGUCCAAUGAGAGCAGGCCACCUUUUGUUUAGGUUGUUUUUCCUCUAUUAUUUUAAACUAUUAUUAAAAUACCGAUUCUG